UCAACGCUCAACACUGACUGCGUCGAAUUUCCAGUGGAAAAGCACUGCCAUGUCGCAUACGGUACAUAUCCGAUAUGAUAAGUCCCCGUUGACGUUUGCUGUGGACGCCCGGGUGAAAUAGGACGGUCUCCGUCACCCAACGAACCUACGGCUAAAAUAACGAGGCACUCUCUCAGUUCUUUUCGAACGGUGCGACUACUAUUAAUGGCGGUGAACCUGUGUGCAGCCUUGUACAACCCCAUUCAAUGGUUGCUGCGCAUUGACGAUCGUGACGCGUGACGAGUGGUCAUAAGGAGGUCACGCUGACCCAGGCUCAUUGCUCUCCGCCUCUUAUAUAACCUGAGCGUCCUUCCCCUCUCCUUAGUGCAUAUUCGUAACAUGUCAGCCAGCGGACUUCAAGACAUCGACCGCAAGGACCGUGUGCCCUCUCCCGGUGGCUCUGGAUCAUCUCAUGGGAACGUCGUAGACCACAAUGCGCCACAUGUGACAGACGAUGUACCAGCCAAGCGUGCGGGCAUGCAUGGGGACGCACACCUGAUAACUGUGCAGCCUUUGAGGGCCAGCGAGUUGCAGCCUUCGUAUGCUCAAGAUCUUGGCACUGGUCAAGUGAAGCAUGGGGCAUACGGGUCGCUCCUUAAUGGGCUGGGCACCGUCGUAGGAUUUCUCGGAGCGAUACCUUGUUGCCCAUGCCCCAACCCGUUCCGUAAUGUUCAGCAAGGCUCGGUGGGCUUGGUCACACGUUUUGGACAAUUCUACAAGUCCGUCGAUCCUGGCCUUGUACAGGUCAAUGUUUGUACGGAGAGCCUGCGCGUAGUGGACGUCAAGAUCCAAAUAAUUUCCAUUGGAAGACAAACGGUCAUCACUCGUGACAACGUUAACGUCGAGAUUGAUUCCGUCAUAUAUUUUCAGAUUACGAACCCGUAUCGUGCUGCUUUUGGCAUCAGUGAUCUCCGUCAAGCGCUGAUCGAACGCGCUCAGACUACUUUGCGGCACGUUGUAGGCGCCCGUGCUGUGCAGAGCAUUGUCACGGAACGGGACGCAAUCGCAUUUGAAAUAGCAGAGAUCGUGGGCGAUGUUGCCGACAAGUGGGGUGUCGCCAUCGAAGGCAUUCUCAUCAAGGAUAUCCUCUUUAGCCCAGAGGUCGCUACCUCUCUUUCUUCUGCCGCCCAACAGAAGCGCAUUGGUGAAUCCAAGGUCAUUGCUGCUCGUGCCGAAGUCGAUGCGGCUCGUCUCAUGCGUCAAGCUGCCGAUAUUCUCGCCUCACCAGCUGCUAUGCAAAUUCGUCAACUUGAAGCCCUCCAGCAGAUGGCGCGGAGCGCUAAUUCGAAGGUCGUGUUUGUUCCCAUGCAACUCCAGAGUGACAUCAUGGGCCAGCUGGGAGGGGGGUCAAAUCAGAUUGCCUCUGGCUCAGGCACCCUCCGUGACGAAACCGGGGAAGGUAUCGGUGCUGCUGGCCGUGCUGGUCUCUUAGCGAGUGUAGAACAUGUUUAAGCUGUGACCGAUUUCAAACGCUUUAGCGUUGUUUGGAUGUUCCUGGUUACUGUUAUAUGUAUCCUCCCUUUACUUGACAUGCAGCCCUUUGUUACUUGUAUCUCUCUGUUUCUAGUUCGUAGCCUAGGGUCUCCUGUAUACUGCCUCCUAUUAAUGAAAUCUCAGGUAUAUGUUUUUACUGUUAGCCACCACCAGCUUGUCCAACCCCAAGAAGUAGUCAGCGUUGUGGACAUCC